GCCUAUUUUAGUUUUGGUUUUUAAUUUUUAAAAUUAUAAUUUUACGAUUAAUAUGAAUGUGCUAAGGACGAAAGGGAAGUUCCAUAAAAUAUUUAGCACUGAGAAUGUAAGCCUGCAUGCGUCUGGCGAUGGGGCAGCAGCAGGUCGUUGUUGCCGCCUUUGUGGUGGUGAUACCAGCCUCCGUGCCUUCGGGGACACUUACGUGUGGGAAGGCGUCGAAGAACGAUACGACCAGCUGCUGUACGACUGUUUUGGAGUCCGGGUGACCCAGCUAGACAACAUGAUCUGCGAGUGGUGCGUCCGGCAGCUAAGAAACACUGAAAGGUUUAAGGCGCUAGUGCACGCUGCUUUUGAUAAACCACCAAGUUCAUCAAUUCCCUCGCCAACAGUUUCCACAAAAGUUCCAGAUGAUAUUCUUAAAAAUGAAAACAUAGGCAUCAUCAACAACAAAUCAAUAAUAGAGUUGCUGAAGACAAAAAUGUCUAAGGAAAAUAGGAAAUCUAAAAGAGGCCAUCCGAAGCCUCUAGACGUGAAAAGAACGAACGUGCAAUGUAAAGUCUGUAAGCAGAAGUAUCCGAUGAUAGUUCCUGCAAAUGGGUGCAAAGAGUUUGUGUGUUCACGGUGUAAAAAGAAUAAUGACAAACAGAGUUUGUUUAGAAAAAGUUACGUAGCGAUGCCGACUGGGAUGACUACACACAUGAGGUUUCAAUCAGGAAUGGAUUUGAAGUGGAAGAAUAGGCUAUCCAGCCUAUCAAAAAAGCCAUCUCAAACGAAAAGGCAAGAAAACCCCCUCCGCAGUCGCUUCGCCAAGUUCAAAUGCUCGAUUUGUCCGAAAAAAUACACCACAUCCGCACAUUUAGUUGAGCAUAUGAAAUUAGUUCAUGGAGAACGCAAAAAUACAAUGUUCGCAAAAUACUGUGUCCUCUGCGGAAGACAUUAUAGAACGAAAGAAUUGCUGGAUAAACAUCUUCAAAUGCAUUUGGAUAACGAAAAUUUAAUCAACUCUCGUUGUGCUUCAAGAGCUCAACUAGCUUCGAAAAUGCACGCGCGUGAAUAGAGGAGCGUGUAAAAUGGCGACUGUUUUUGGCGGGAGUUGUAUGU